AUGAAGCUCACCGCAGUUUUCUUCGCCACUGCAGGCAGCCUGGCUGCUGUCCUCGCCCAGCAAUACGUAGUAUGGUCUGUAUACCCUCGUCGCUGCGACCUGCUAAAAUUUUGCGCGGCCUCAGGUUACACAGUUUCUGGUGGUCUCCCGGCUUUCCCUUGUAUCAGUGGAGCCUUCGCUAUAACGGAGUAUGACUCACCGGCCUGCGGAACUUGCUGGGAGCUCACCUAUAACAACACCUCCAUCAACCUCCUCGCCAUAGACACAGUGAAUGCUUUGAUGCAAGGAGAGGACGAGAAGGUCGGCUUCAUAUACGCAACGGCAACGCAGGUCGAUGCAUCCGCUUGCGGCGGAUAUUAA